AUGACGUCCGCUAGGGGCGCGCUGCACGUUACCAACCUCGAGAAGAACGAUCCGUACAUUUACCAGAACGGGUUCGGCAACUCGUUCGCGAGCGAGGCCAUCCCCGGGGUGCUGCCCAAGGGCCAAAACAACCCUCUAAAGGUUAAGUACUCGCUCUAUUGCGAGCAGCUGUCCGGUACGGCAUUCGUCGCGCCGAGGAGACAGAACCAGCGCACUUGGGUGUAUCGCAUCCGCCCUGCCGUUGCACACCAAGGGUUCACCAAGCUGAAGCAGAACCCCGAUCUCGAGUCCAACUUCUCCACCCUGAACCCCAAGGUCCACGUCUCGCCUACGCAGCUCGCCUGGACGCCCUUCAAGAUGCCUCCCGAUGAUGUCAGUGUUGAUUUUGUUGACGGCAUCAAGACCUGCGCAGGCAGCGGCGAGCCCUCGCACAAGGAGGGAAUCGCCGUGCACGUAUACAUGUGCAACGCUUCGAUGACGAGGCGCGCGUUCUGCAACAACGACGGGCAUAUGCUCAUCGUGCCCGAACUGGGUCGGUUGGACGUCCGGACCGAGCUCGGCAGCCUCAUGGUCCACAACGGCGAGAUUUGUGUCAUUCCUCGCGGGAUCCGGUUCCGGAUCGCGCUCCCGGACGGGAAGGCGAGAGGCUACAUCCAGGAGGUGUUCGGAGCCGCGUACGACCUGCCCGAGCGCGGGCCGCUGGGUCGGAGCGGCCUCGCGCUUGAGCGCGACUUUGAGUACCCCGUCGCGGCGUUCGAGCUCGAUCAAGAGGGCUGGCGGAUCGCGUACAAGAUUCUGGGCGAGCUGCACGAGUGCACGCAAGAGCACUCUCCUUUCGACGUCGUGGCUUGGCAUGGCGACUACGCGCCGUACAAGUAUAACCUCGAGCGUUUCGUGAACGUGGGCUCAAUCAGCGUGGACCACAUUGACCCCUCGAUAUUCUGCGUGCUGACCGUGCCCUCUGCCGUGCCCGGCACGCCCCUGGCGGACUUCCUAAUCUUCAGCCCGAGAUGGGAUGUCGCCAACAACACCUACCGCCCGCCUUACUUCCAUCGCAACGUCGCAUCCGAGCUCAUGGGAUUGAUCAGGGGCAACUACGGCGGUCGCUCUGACGAAUUCAAGCCAGGUGGCAUGAGCUACGAGUGCGGAUUUGUACCGCACGGUGUCGCGUACGAGGAGUGGAAGGCCGCGACGGAGACGGAGCUCGCGCCGCAGUGGAUCUCGGAGGGCACUAUAGCGUUCAUGUUCGAAUCGUCGCGUCCAUUUACGAUCACAGAUUUUGCCUUCAACCGGUCUGGGGUCAAGCACGAGCACGAUCCGAAGAUGUGGAAUCCGCUCAAGGCGACGUUCAUUGAGCGCCUCGACGAGGUCAAUGCGGACUUGCAGAAGCUGGGUUUGCCGCCAAUUGAGCGGGCUGGCGCCGAUGCCGGUAUGAAGGGUAUCAAGAUCAACGGGCACUAG